GUUUUUCUGUCAUGGCGUACAGUUAUUCUUUUAUAGUGGGUGUAAUAGUCACAAAUUUUGAUCAAUUAUUUGUUUAUUCAGUGAUGUGUGAUUAAAGUGAAAUGUUUUAGUCAAUUUUAUAGUGAUAUUUCACAUUAGGAUGGUAUAAUUUUUAAUUCUUGCAUUGCUUGAGAAUCUAUUGAGUAGAUAAGAUCUCUCAGAUAGGUCAAGUUUUUGAAAAAAAUUGUUAGUAACCUGUGGGGUUUUCCAGUUUUAUUUUGUAAAUUUUACUGUUUAAAACAGAUUAUAGUACUAUAAUAUCAGUGUUAUCCAAUCAAAGUAUCACUGUAUCAGUUUGUUUCAUGCUUCAGUGGUAAAUUCGUUCCGCACGUAUAGACUUUUCACAUCGUAUUCAUGUCAGGUUACUUUUUUAUUUUGAUCUCGUAAUUGAGUAAAAUUUUGCAAAUAAAAUGGAUAACAUCUCGCUGGCAUUGCGGGAUCUUAUUGAACUUGCGGAUCAUCUGCGACAAGAAAGAUUGUUUGUACUGUCUGAACAAUCUCGUCUCCAUGAAUUGAACGAAAAGGUGGUAUGUGCCAGCAGCAAGCUAGCCCAGCUGGCCUGGGUGUCAGCUCAGCACCGGCUGAACCUGAAUCGUCUGGUGGUGUCACGACCUGACUGUUCUCCGGCAGUCUGUUGUCAGCGCGCUGAUUCGCUCGAUAGCACCGAGUUCAUUGAUGCCUACAAGGUGCUCGGAUAUCAGGACGCAGCAAUGUUCGGCCAAUUCCUAGAGCGCGUUCGGAACUCACCCGAACUGGUAGCUAGCUGUUUGGCGGCCGGUGAUAGGCUGAUGCCCGAGCUGACGCCAGCUGUGAUCCAAUCACUGGUCGCAGGACUGUACGGCAGUUGUUUGCUGCCCUCUGAUAGGGCGCUCGUGUUGCGGCUACUCAAGACACUGUCACAGUUGCAGCUGGUCACAUCCGAUGACCCCAGGAGACUGCUACGUCAUGGUUCAUGUGCGUUUGCCAGACUUUACUCGGUGUUCCACGAGGGUCUGUUCUCGGCGAAACUGUUUCUAACUGCCGCACUGCAUGCACCGAUCACUCAUGUGCUCACAGAGGAUGACAAAUUCCUUGACAUCGACCCUGAUAAGAUAUCUGUAAGGUUUCCCCCAGAAGAACGUCUGAAGAAGUUUGGGGUGGAAGGCACCCCGGAAUACGAGGCAAACGUGCGUCGCUACAGGGAGUGGACGGUUCGCUCGCUUGUGCAGCUGACUCAGCGAUUUGUGACCAGUCUGCGCGAUAACCUGCACUGCUUCCCGGCCUCCAUCUGCUGGCUCAUCAGGCAUAUUGCUAGCACCAGUACUGUGCCCCCCAAAGAGGUGUUUGUGAUGUGCUGCGACCUAGUGCUGACCUACUUCAUUUGUUUGGCGGUGGUGAACCCGGAGCCGUGGGGCAUCACAGAUGUGGGCGCCAUUAGCUAUGUGGCACGCUCCAACCUCAUCCAAGUUGCGCAGAUACUGCAGAUGUUGGCACUCAGCAAGCACGAGCCAAUCGAUGCCAGGCUACACGAUUUGUACUCGCAGUUCGAUAAGGAGUGUGUGUCGAGCAUAGUGGACUCGAUGCUGGAGGGAACAGCCAAUAAUGAGCCAACUGCGCCCCCCGACAACUCCAAGCUCAAUGGUCUCAGCAGGAAUGCGGCCCUAUUCACCGAGGCUGAACUCUUUGCUCUGGUUGGUUUUCUGCAAGCGGUAGCCGGCCACAGUACGGAUGUGGAUGUGGACAAGAAGGCUCUGAUGAAUGUUCUGUCUUUGUUGCCGAGGAAUCCUUCUCCCACUCCCACGCCCACGCAUCACACCACCAACGGCCAGACGAAGAAAAGUACUGCGUCAGCGAAAGGCUCGAGCUACAAGAGCGAUGCACUAGAUGAAGGUUUGGGAGGUGAGGAAGAGGUGAAUAAGCCUGUGUUGGUCAUACCGUUCGAUACCAAUGCUAAUCCGUCGGUCGGGUUUCUCUCUGAACAGAAGGUGCUGGAAAUGCAGAAGAAGGGCAUCCUGGUGGAUGACCUUGUGCGUGUGGGCAUUGAGGGAGGAGGAGUGGGGAUGCUGGCUGCUGGUGGCCUUGAACCCCCCACCAACGGGCUCGAUGACGAACCAGAGGUUGUGAGCGCUGUGGGCGGUGGAAGCGACAAGCAGACUCGUCGCACGCGUUUCUCGGUGUCGGGGGACGGCGAAUCGGUGUGCGACAACCUGGAAGUGGCCACCUCGUCCAACCACAGUGUGACGUCAUCCAUCAGCGAGACUGAGGACCAGAACGACAAUCUCAGCGACAUGAUUAGCGCUAAUGUGUCUGGUCGAGACACGCCGUCAUCGCAGAUGACAGAGGGUGACGAGGGGGGCGGCCCGGGAGGGGCCAGAGGGGGCCAGUUGGAGGGAGGCAUUCCGGUUGCCCCGCCCACACAGGGGGCCAACAAGCAGCAGUGUCGGUUUGACAUAGACGAGAAGUUUGGAAAGUUCCAGAUCAAGAAGCUCAUGGAAGGUGCAGCAGACGAGACAAUUUCGAUGGUGAGCGAUACAUGGAGCACAGAUGUGUUGGCUAGCGACAGUGAGAUCAUAGAGGCGGUGCCACCCAUGCAACCAUCACUCCCAAAUACACCGCAGUUGUUGGACGUGUCGGAGACAGCGUCGGACGGAUGGAGCACUUGUGUGAUGGCGUCGGACUCUGAGCGUCUGACCGAGGUGGACACAGAUGACACGGCCAGUGUGGCAAGGUCUGAUGACACGGCGAGUCGCGGUGAGCCUGAUGGCGGAGAGGAGGGUGCUGCGUCGGCUAGUGCUGCUGGAUUCGGGUGCCGAUCGCUGCCAAUCAGAGAGGAGAACGAAAGACUGUCUGUGCCCGUGUCGCCGACCAGAGUGGAGGGAGCAGGGGGGGCCGCCUCAGGGGUAGGGGGACUGAGAGGGGGAUCGUUUCGACGUCGCACGCUAGAUUGCGCCAGUGUUCCGUCCAGAUCUGCUGGCGGAUCCCUGAGUUUAUCGGAAGAGCGUGACAGACCACCCCUAGUGUCUGACUUGAAGUCAUCUCUGGCUCCAUCAUCCUCCAGUCUCAACACUCCAAAGUUGUCACAGCAAACCUCCAGUCAAGAAGUUUCGAUGGAGGAGAGUGAAACGGGCGUGGUCGCAGGUGGUAGCGGGGCGAGUGGAGGGGGAAUUGUGUGCCUGAGCACGGCAAGCCUAGCUUCGACCAGCAGCAGUAGCAGUUCUGAGCCUAGGCUCAAGGCACAACAAGAGUUGAGCCUGCCGGGCACUCCACUGGUGCUGAACGGUGGUGUGGUUAUGGUGGAGUCGGCCAGUGGCGGCGCAACCAGCUGCAAGCCUAUGCCUUCCACGUCAACCGGGGCCAUUCCAAAGAGCAUUUCCUUCGAUAAGACUGCUGAGAGGGGCGAUAAGGAAUCUUUAGACGAGGACGGCAAAUCGCGACGCAGCUUCUUCAGGUUCAAGUUGCCGUUCAAGAAGCCAAAGGGUCGCUCCUCAUCAUCAGCCUCCUCCUCCUUUAGGGGGGCCGAAGAUCUCCUCACUGAUGACCAGCCUACGCCUUCUCGUAUUGAUACAUCUGAUGACAUCCUAGCCAAGUAUAGGAGGAAGGUUGUGGUGACGUCAUCGAAUGGCGUUGCUAAGCAACCGGGAGAUGAGGCCAACGCUAGCAAGGGAGAGGCUGAGGAAGAGGAAGAAGACGAACGCCUAGUGAUAGACCCGUUGAACGUGGAGGCGUCGUUUGCGUUCCGUGAUGCCAAAAAGAAGCUGAGACUUGUGCUGAGCACAGCCGAGGUGGGCCAGCACAUGCCCGAGGGGCAAGCCCCGCCCGGCGAGGGCCAGCUCGUCUCAUUCCUGAAGCUGCAGCUCGCCGAAGCUAUGAACCUGCAGGACAGGCCUUUGAUUGCUCAUCUACACGAAACUUUGAGAUGUGUGAGGCUAUUCGACAGCAGCGGCUGUUUGAAGCUGUUUGCCUCGCUUCGCUCGGACUACAAGCAGCGCACGCCCUAUGUGAGCUACCUGGUGCACUGCCGUCAAUCACUGUUGUCUACACUGGUCCACUUGGAGAGGCUCACCUCACGUGUCCGAUGUGAACGCACCGUAUGCCAGCGAACGCUAAUGGCCGUGUGUGUCAGGCUGUUCCUCGAGAAGCGACAAGCUCUGGUGACAGCUUUUGGCGCGGAAUUCAAACAGCUGACAUUGCCUGAUGAGAAGAACGAUCUGUUGUUGACCUUCUUGGAGAGGUUGUCCCGGGAGAUGGAGCGUGAUCCGCUGUGGCAGGCGGCGAGCGACGCUCAGCUGGAUAUGGCUCGUACGGCAAUUGAACGGGCCGUUGUCAGUCGGGUCUACAUCUACGCCAUGUUCCCCAACGGAGAUGGAGACGUGUCACGUGAUCAAGUGCUGCACGAACACAUGAAAAAAUUGUCCAAUGUGAUAACACCCAGUCACAAAGAUCUCAGGAUACCCAAGGUGUUCUGCUACGAGUGCCCGUGGCCGUCAGCCCAGGCCGAGUUGGUGGCUAUGUCGGCGCACAAGACGGCCGGCGACAAAGUGUCGUGUGUGCUGCGUUGUUGCACCACCAUUCUGAAUCUGCUGUCACUGGCUGCAGCUGAUCAACUCAGCACUGUUCCGGCUGCCGACGAUUUGGUGCCUGUGCUCGUUUAUGUGCUAAUCAAGGCAAACCCACCCUCAUUGCUAUCAACGGUGGCUUAUGUGAACAGCUUCUACGAGAGUAGACUGGAGGGGGAAGACCGCUAUUGGUGGGUCCAAUUCUGCUCAGCCAUAGAGUUCAUCAAAACUAUGGACUAUGUGCUCAGUGACUAAGCCACCUCUCCAAACUUCUUUUUCAGUCUUUCUUAAUAGUUUUAAGCAUAUCUUUGUUCUUCCUUUUUCAGUUUAAUUCUCAUCUAAAGGUACAAUACCUGAGGCCAGACCACAUUGGGCGUUUUUCAGGCGAGAACACAAUCAGCCAAUCUAAAACCGUAAAAAUUCUUGAUAUGCUCUGGUCCUAAGCGACAACUGUACACGACUCUAUCCACGCGAUGACUGUCGUCUAUUAGGGCCAAGCCACACGAACCGUUUUUAGACGAGUUGGCAGGUCAAGAAGAAGCUCUUUAAUUGGUUGAUUGAGUUGAUAAUCGGAGAGCUUCCUGCCCUGCCGACUCAACUGAAAACGCCUGAAAAAACUCUUUGUGUGGCUCGGCUCUAUCGGUUAGGGUCAAGCCACACGAGGUGUUUUUCUCGCGGACAGGUAGCUCUCCGAUUGGUUGAUUAUCAGCUGAUUCCCGAGGGCCAACCCAAUCAAACAAUUGCAGAGCUUCCUGCCCUGCCGACUCGUCUGAAAACGCCGGGGAAAACGCUUCGUAUGGUUUGACCCGUAUUGUCCCCGUGUGCAAGUUGAAAAUCUAUCCUACUUUUGAUUUAAACCUAAAAAAUAUUAUGCAAAAUACAUGAUUAGGGCUAAGCUUCCUUUACCAGAAGAUAUGGUCACAUGUAUUAUGUUGCAUUCCGGGCUCAAAAAAUAGCUGAUUUAUAUCACUUUUU